AGCGUACAUCUGUGGGUCACUCACUCACAGUGUACCCAUCCAUGUUACAAUUAUUGCCCCUCAUUUCUUUCCCAAAUAUAUACUUCAUGGACCUCAAUAUUUCCUCUCUAGUUUCUUCUAUAAAUAUUGUUCAAUCCUUGAUCUGGCUAUACGGCAAAGUCAGCUCCAAAACUACACAGAUCUUCAAUCCCUGAUGAUGAUCCCUGCAAAAAGGAACCUGCAAAUUCACCAGUUUCCAGCUAGAUAAUCGAGUAUUCAAACCCAGUUUCAGCUUUUGAUUCAAUCUAGAAUCUUUAGUACUAACCUUCGAGAGCUGCUAUCUGUUCCAUGUUUUGAGGGUGUUUUUGUUCAUCAAUCCUUGAAGCUGCUAAGGUUUUCAGCUUUCCAAUCGUCAAUAAUCCGUUAUGAUCCCUGACAAGAAAGCCGCCAACGCGGUUGGAGGCAAGACGGCCAGAGCCUGUGAGAGCUGCUUAACCAAAAGGGCCCGGUGGUACUGCGCCGCCGACGAUGCUUUCCUUUGCCAAGCCUGCGAUUCGUCGGUCCAUUCCGCGAACCAGUUAGCAAGCCGGCACGAAAGGGUUCCAACAAGGGUUCGGCUGGAGAAGAUGAAGAUGGCUCUCCAGCCGGCUGAGAAAUCUCCGCCAGCUUGGCACCAAGGGUUUACCCGCAAGGCCCGGACCCGGAGGCCCACCAAGCCCGCUUCCUUCACUCCGCCGUCUACGGCGGUGGCCACGGAGGCGGAGAAAAUCACAAACCCGAUUCCUUUAGUGCCUGAGAUUGGCAGUGAAGACGCUUCGCCGGAAGAGAAUGAAGAGUACCUUCUUUACCAGGUCCCAAUCUUCGACCCUUUUGCUGCAGAAUUCUGCGAUAAUGGAGCUGAAACCGCCAUGGAAGAUGAGUUCAGUCGACUGUUGGAUGAUAAUGGAAGAGAGGAAGCUUGUGAUGGCUUGGAUAAUCUCCACGAGUUUCUUCCAUCGGACAUGGAUCUUGCAGAGUUUGCUGCCGACGUUGAGAGCUUAUUAGGGACCGGACUUGAUGAAGAAAAUUGUGGCAUUGAAGGGCUGGGACUACUUUUAGAUUGUAAAGAAGAAGAUGGUACUGAUGGUUGCUUAGAGGGUAGGAAAGUUAAGGUUGAAGAUGAAGAUGUAGGGGCUGCUACGGGAUGCCAACAAACCGUGGAUUUGAGAUUCAGUUAUCGAUCGCCGGUGGCCGGGAAGGAGGAGAAAUCUGCGGCUGGGGUGGCAGAGAAAGCCAUGCUGAAGAGUGAAUGUAAAGCAGAAGAGGAGAGGAAAAUGCUUCUGAGGCUUAACCAUGAGGCUGUCAUCUCUGCUUGGGCUAGCCAUGGCUCGCCUUGGACCACUGGAAGCCGGCCGGAGUUCAACCCUAACGACUGCUGGCCCGACUUCAUGGGAUCAUGCUAUGGAGGAUCUUCUUCUCAUUUGUAUGGAGGGGAAGGAAGCCAAUUGAUGAGAGGAGGCGACGAGGGAAGAGAAGCAAGAGUGUCGAGGUACAGAGAGAAGAGGAGGACAAGAUUGUUUUCGAAGAAGAUAAGGUAUGAAGUUAGGAAACUCAAUGCAGAGAAGAGGCCAAGAAUGAAAGGUCGGUUCGUGAAGAGAUCAGCAUCCUUUUCAGGGCCUGCAGCUUUCCCCUACCUUGUCAACAAAUAACUGUUAACUGUCAAAUAUUUUCUUGGCAAUAUCAAGGGGCAGCCUUUACUAAGAAUUAUGGUACGAUUAUUCCCCUAUAACUGAAAGUUCGGAUAGAGUUGUAAAAAUAACUUCUUUUUAGCGUUUACUAAGAAUUAUGGUAAGAUUAUUCCCCUGUAAUCGAAAGUUCGGAUCGAGUUGUAAAAAUAACUUUUUUGGGGGGCGCAAUUUUGGAAUUAGUUUUCCAUUUGGAUGAUUGCCCCAUGUUAGCUCAAUAAAAGAGGGAUGCAUUUUCAAGAUUC